AUGACCAAUCCCAAGUGUCGAACAGUAAAGACGCGCAUCCUACUUCUCUCGGACACACACGCCGCGUUGCCGGUAGACAAUGGAGCCGACGACGGCAAUAGCAGCAGCAGCAGCAGCAGCAGCAGCAGCAAGACAACAUUUCGAACGCCGUUCCACGCGCCGCUACCUUCGGCCGACGUCCUGAUCCACACGGGCGACCUGACCAUGACGGGCUCGCUGGACGAACACGAGCGGGCACUCGAGCUGAUCCUGUCGGUCGACGCGCCCCUCAAGAUCGUCAUCCCGGGGAACCACGACCUGACGCUCGACCGAGAGUACUACGCGCGCCACCACUCUCUGCACGCGCGGUACGCGCGGUACGACGACGCCACGCUGGACAGGAUCCAAGAGCUGUAUUCUGGCGCCGACGCCCGCCACGCCGGCGUCAGGUACCUCGUCGAGGGCCGCGAGUCGUUCAGGCUCCAGAACGGAGCGAGGCUGAACGUGUACGCGAGCGCGUGGCAGCCGGAGUUCUUCGACUGGGCCUUUGGAUAUCCCAGGACUUGUGAUCGGUUCAAUCUCGAUCUUGGUCCCGAUCACGCGAGCCCGACCGCCGCCGCCGCCGCCGCCGUCCCUGAGAAUCCCGUUCCGGACUUCGUCGGUGGUGAGCUCGGGCGCGACGACGACGACACAAGUGAGCGCGAGGGUGGAAAAGGAGACGGAAACGUCGACAUCGUGCUCACACACGGUCCGCCAAUGGGGAUCCUGGACAGGGUCGCGCGCACAGACGAGAGUGUAGGCUGCGUUCACCUCCGGAGGGCCGUGGGGAGGUGUAGACCCAGACUCCAUUGCUUCGGACACAUCCAUGAAGCGUGGGGCGCCGUGAGGAAGAGGUGGAACGACGAAGUGGUAGGCGGCCGGGACGACACAGGCACCAACACCACUCCCGGAGCAGGGUACGGCGGAAUGGAACAAGGCGGCGCGAGUACCCAAGGUGACAACCUCCGAGAGAGCAACGGUCAAUUCGACCCUGUACAUAACCCGACGACGGUGUACGACGAGUCUGGGUCUGGGUCUGGGUCUGAUGCCUCCGUCAUCACAGGCGAGAGCCUCGUCAAGCCCGGCUCUUACGCGACCCAGAUGGACAGGAUGGCUGCGUACGUGGACGCGACGGACCUCGAGCACGGCAAGGAAACCGUCUUUGUGAAUGCGAGUAUAAUGAAUCUACGAUACAGGGCUGUCAAUGCGCCAUGGCUCGUCGAUUUAGAGUUGCCUGUUGUAGAGUAG